UGUCUAUUUAAAUCGCACAUAAAAAAAUCCGGUCAAAUUUUCAUUGUAAAUAUGAAUUCCUUUGUUAUAAGAGCAGCUAAACCUUAUUUGGCCACUACAGGAGCAACUGUUAAUGGUCAUUAUGGAGAAAUCCUUUACAAGGGAGAUAGGUUAGUUACGUUUAUAUAUGAAAAAUCGAGAUCUAGUGACAUAACGCAAGGUCUUCCAAAAGUGGAACAAAUCUUUGAAGCGCGUUCAAUUGAUUCAUUAUCCCCGAAUCUCGAAAGGAGAAUUGAGGAUUGGAAUGAGCGUAUACCAAGAAUUCUUGGGGUCCCUUGGGGAUUCUUGAUUGGAGCUGAGCUAACCAUAGCCCAAAGUCGUAUCUCUUUGGUUAAUAAAAUCCAAAAGGUUUAUCGAUCCCAAGGGGUACAGAUCCAUAAUAGACAUAUAGAGAUUACUAUACGCCAAGUAACAUCAAAAGUGCGCGUUUCCGAAGAUGGAAUGUCUAAUGUUUUUUCGCCUGGGGAAUUAAUCGGACUAUUGCGAGCGGAACGAGCAGGACGAGCUUUGGAUGAAUCGAUCUAUUAUCGGGCAAUCUUAUUGGGAAUAACAAGGGCUUCCCUAAAUACCCAAAGUUUCAUAUCUGAAGCAAGUUUUCAAGAAACUGCUCGAGUUUUAGCAAAAGCUGCCCUACGAGGUCGCAUUGAUUGGUUGAAAGGCUUGAAAGAAAACGUAGUUCUGGGGGGGAUUAUACCUGUUGGUACCGGAUUCCAAAAAUUUGUGCAUCGUUCCCCACAAGACAAGAACCUUUAUUUCGAAAUAAAAAAAAAUCUAUUCGCGUCGGAAAUGAGAGAUUUUUUGUUUCUCCAUACAGAAUUAGUUUCUUCAGAUUCUGACGUAACAAACAAUUUUUAUGAGACAUAAGAACCCCCAUUU